AUGAUCGCAUUGCAGAGGCACAUCCUCGGAACGUGCCUCGCAAUCGGUUUGCUCCUCACAGUUCUGUUCCCCUGGUAUUAUGGGGACUUCGUCACAUGGUCUGGACACGAUGAAUCGCUCACCCUGGCACCGGUGUUGCACGACAAUCACAUAUCGAAUGUGGAAAUAGUCGUCGCCAGCACUAAGAAGGAAAACACCAAGUGGCUUUCGACCUAUCUGCCAGAAUGGAAGACAAACAUAUAUGUCGUCGACGAUUCAAAAGCAUCCUUGACGGUACCGGUCAAUAAGGGGCACGAGGCCAUGGUGUACCUGACUUAUAUCAUUGAUCACUACGACCAUCUUCCGAGUACCGUGCUCUUCAUCCACGCAUCGCGCUUUGCCUGGCAUAAUGAUGAUCCAGACUAUGACGCCAUACCAACACUACGCAAUCUUCAGCUUCCAUAUCUCCAAGAAAGUGGAUACGUCAAUCUCAGGUGCGUCUGGGUCAUUGGCUGCCCAGCUGAAAUCCGUCCUUUUGAGGAUGAGGCAAACGGGGACGAUGCACAAUUAUCAACAAAAAGUAUUUAUAAACAAGCAUUUGAGGAGCUGUUCCCAGACUUGCCAGUACCUGAAGUUGUCGCCGUGGGUUGUUGUUCGCAGUUUGGUGUCACACGCCAGACCAUUCAGCAUCGUCCUCGGAGCGAUUAUUUGAGGUACAGGCAGUGGUUAUUGGAGACCCCUUUGGAUGACAGUCUCAGCGGGAGAGUAUUCGAGUUUGCUUGGCAUAAUGGCGCCUGCGAUGGUCGAUGGAACUUCCCGGCUUUUUCCACUCUGCCCGAGGGAUGGCCACGCAUCGGCUGGGAAGGAGAAGAGAGAAACUUUAACGGGCCGUUGGAAUAA